AUGUGGAAUCCACGUUGCCGAGAGUAUAAGACAGGUGUUUCUCCUGGUUGUAGUAUUGGAAUUACUUCUUGCAAUACUCAAGUUGGAACUUUAAGAGCUUUUGUAGAAAAUAAAAAUAAUUCAAGUAAUAACAUCUAUUUUUUGAGCAACGAUCACGUUCUUCGUCUAAAGUGUGGUUCUGAGAUGAAAAGCAGUGUUAGACAGCCAGCUUAUAGUGAUUAUGAAGGCGCUACUAAAAGGAAAAUAGAAGGAGAAAAAUAUCUAUUAGAAAAAGCACAAGAACUCGGUAUAUUUGUAAAGGGUAAACGCGGUAAUUAUGAAAUUAACAAUAAAUCUUAUGGAGUUGAUGCUGUUAUAGCCUUAGUCAAUAACCCUGAUAGGAAACGCUACAUAAAUCCAAAAGGUUUCGCCAUACAUGAUAUAAUAUUUAGAGAUCGUUCCCUUGUGCCUAUUAAAAUUUCUGGUGACAUCAAAGAUGUUAGUUCAAUUAUUCCUAAAGAGCUCGUAUUUAAAGUUAGGCGCAUGACUGGUUUAACCAAAGGAAGCAUUGCUGAUUCACUAGCUUCUAUUGUUGUUGAUGGAACAAUCACCAAUUUUAGGUGA